AUGGACGUCAUAGCUGCAAUGAGCGAGACAGACAUUCCUGUCGUCCAGGGCCCCACUCGGCAGGCGUUCAUUCCGCUCCUGGAGGCGCACCGAGAAGAGAUACUCAGCGUCAAGCGAAAGACGUUCAAGUAUGGUGCAGUUGAUAGGCAGCAGCUUGAUGUGUACUAUCCUCCAGUGCAGAACAGGUCUGCAUCCGGAAAACACCCGGUUCUCGUAUUCAUAUAUGGAGGCGGUUUCGCAUCGGGAGAACGUAUUUUCCCGCCGCCCCUCGACUUGUGCUAUGUGAACCUGGGAGCCUUCUUUGCAAAGCGUGGGAUCGUUACGGUCAUUCCAGACUACCGCCUCGUGCCGGAGGUGAAAUUCCCAGAGCCGAUUGAAGAUAUCCGGGACGCCAUCACUUUCAUUGUCAAAUACUCUGAGCAAGUAGAAACAGAAGACAACAUCCAAGCGGACUUUAGCAAUAUCUUUGUCAUGGGACAUUCCGCCGGGUCCAUCUACACUGCUACAAUGCUGCUGUACCCCAACCUACUCUCUAGAGAGAUUCGCACUCGGAUUCGCAGUGCGAUUUUGACUGGCGGUGCCUAUCGGUUCAGCCCAGAGAUACCCGCAGCCGCCGCGGUGCCGUUCCUUCAGCUCUACGGCUCUUGGGAGCAGCUUCUGGAGAAGAUGCCGGCGACGUUGUUGGAACGCGCGACGAGCGAGGCGCUGGAACCAUUUCCUGAGUUGCUAGUCAUGGCAAGCGAGAAGGAGCCUCCUAUGAUCGCUCCGGCGAACUUGGAGUUCAUUGCGGCCUUGAAUUCCAAGAUUGGCCAGGAUGUGCCGUUUUCGAUCAUGAAGGGGCACAACCAUAUCAGCCCCCACUGGGCGUUGGGGAGUGGUCAGGGCGAGGAAUGGGCAGAGGAAGUUACGCAGUGGAUCAAGACCCGGAGUGGUUCACGGUGA